CGACGAGCAGCGAGGCGGAGCUCAGGGGCUCGGCAAGUUUUACUUUGAGGAGAAGUAGAUGUGCAUUGAUUAGCAAUGGAUGCUAUUGCAUUUUGGGACGGCGAGCGGGUGCUUGGUCUGCCUAUGAAGUCUGUCUUUUCUCUUCUCUUUCUUCGCUUUGAAUCGAAUAUGGUUUACAAUUGCAACUCCCUGAUUUCUUUUGCCAAGGUUGCUGUCUUCUUUGCUUUCUCUUUUUUUUUUCCCCCGCACACAUUAUUAACCAAAUGGCAAACCCGAGAACACGAAAUGUUACAAUCGACCAGUUGUCGUUUGAUGAUGAUUAUAACGAUUAUGACGAUAUCCACGAUUAGCUCAAAAUCAAAAACAAAAAAAAAAUAACAAGUAUGAUUACGAGAUGAUUGAUCUCUCGGAUUUGGGCCCCGCGGGUUGAAGGACAUAAGCUCAGUAUUUUCGGUGAUGUGCUGCUGUGCAUGGAUGUUAUCCAUGCUUGAUUCUUGUGGUCAACCCAGACCAGCAAGGUUAUGAUAAGGGGAUAAGACAGAAGCAGCGUAAGAAAGUGUGACGAGCAGCUGAGUCAGCGAAAGAGGUACCAGGUAC